ACGCUUGUUGUUAUUCCGCCUAGGUUAUGUCGUCACAUCCGGUCCUUGCUCAAGCACUUCCGUGUUCCGGUCGUUCGCACGGGGACUUCUGGGAAUUUGAGUCAAUCGUGUUCUAAAUAAUUCAACCGCCCCAGUUCCACCUCUUCGCUUCUAUUCUGUUUUUACAUCGCUAACAAGAUGCCGGCCGUGCACCACAAGCUGCUGCUGGAGGAAGCUCUGCAGGACAGUCCUCAGACACGCUCCCUGCUCAGUGUGUUUGAGGAAGAUGCUGGGAUGCUCACAGACUACACCAACCAGCUGCUGCAGUCCAUGCAGCGAGUCUUUGGAGCUCAGAGUGAGAUGGGUUUGGCCACAGAGCAGCUGUCACAGCAACUUCUGGAUUAUGAAAAGAAAAAUUUUGCCCUUGGCAAAGGUGAUGAAGAGGUCAUCAACACGCUGCAGAGCUUUGCCAAAACCGUAGGGGAGCUGAACUCCCUCCACUCUGAGCUCGCCAACCAGAUGGCUGACAGCAUGGUCUUCCCCCUGAUCCAGUUCAGAGAGAAGGACCUCACAGAGAUUAGUACACUGAAGGAAAUAUUUGGCAUUGCCACUGAUGAGCAUGAAGCUGCGAUGGUGAAGUACAGCCGACUGCCCAAGAAGAGAGAGAAUGAGAAGCUGAAGGCAGACUUGGUGAAGGAGGUGGCGUACACCAGGAGGAAGCAGCACCAGGCCUCACUGCAGUAUUACUGUGCCCUCAACGCACUGCAGUAUCGCAAGAGAGUAGCCAUGCUGGAACCCAUGUUAGGAUACACACAAGCACAGAUCAGCUUCUUCAAGAAAGGCAUCGAGCUGGUGUCAAAGAAGAUGGACAACUUUCUCUCCUCCGUCUCCACAAUGACACAGAGUAUCCAGACCCAGCUGGACACUGAGGCCGAGGCCAUGCGCAUGUCCCAGAAGGAGCUUCUGUCUGUGGACGAUUCCGUCUACAUGCCAGAUCAAGACACGGAGUCUGUCAAUCGCACCCUCAUCCAGAAGGCUGGCUACCUCAACAUUAGGAAUAAAACAGGUUUGGUGACCACAGCCUGGGACAGACUCUUCUUCUUCACCCAGGGGGGGAACCUGAUGUGUCAGCCACGAGGAGCAGUGGCAGGAGGGAUGAUCCUCGACCUGGACAACAGCUCCGUCAUGGCCGUGGAGUGUGAGGACCGACGCUACUGCUUUCAGAUCACAUGCCCUUCAGGCAAAACGUCACUGAUUCUGCAAGCAGAGAGCAAAAAAGAAUAUGAAGAGUGGAUUUGUACAGUCAACAACAUCUCCAGACAGAUCUACCUGACUGACAAUCCUGAGGCUGUGGCCAUUCGGAUGAACCAGAGUGCCAUCCAGGCUGUCACUCCCAUCACCAGCUUUGAGAAGAGGCAGGAAGGCUCUCCUAACCCUGACAGGUUUGAAAUAGCAAAGCCUGGAGGCGUUUAUGACAGCAGUCGUGGCUCCCAGAAGACUGGAGCUGCUCCUGAACCAGAGGAGCUGAUAGCUCCUGGUACACCCAUUCAGUUUGACAUCAUGCUGCCAGCUUCUGAAUUCCAGGACCAGAACAGAGGUGGAGGCAGACGAACUAAUCCCUUUGGAGAAACCGAUGAUGACUGUUCCUCAGACAACGACGACUCUCUCCUGCAGCAAGUGUUUGUCGUUCGCUUCCUGGGCUCCAUGGCCGUUCGCUGUGGCGACAACCAGGAGGUGAUCUACGAGGCCAUGAGGCAGGUGCUAGCUGCUCGAGCCAUACACAACAUCUUCAGGACCACCGAGUCCCACCUGAUGGUCACCAGCAGUAACCUCAGGUUGAUUGACCCCCAGACUCAGGUUACAAGAAUAAGUUUCCAGCUUGAAGACGUGUGUCAGUUUGCAGCCCACCAGGAGAAUGGGAGGCUGAUGGGAUUUGUGGUGGAGGGCAGAGACUGGACUGAUGGAGACGAGGAAGGAGAGGCGUCGUACAGCGCCUUUGUGUUUGAGAGCAACACGGAGGGCGAAAAGAUAUGUUACACCAUCAACUUGGCUAAGGACAUUACUGAGGCUAAGAAGGAUCCUGAGGCUCUGGCUGAGCUGAUGAAGAACAUGCCGUUUACCAAUGAUGGCAAGUUUCUGCUGCUAGAACAAGAGACAGACAUGAGCAAUGGAGCCGGACAAGAAGAUCUGGAGUCAGAGGCCUAACACUAGACAGAAUGAAACGUAAAAACCAGACCUGGAUAACUGGCUGAGUGUCACCCAGGAGAGAGGAAGGUUUCCCCCUGGGUGGAGGUUUUCUAACUCUGGUACUGACUCACUGACACACAGUGUAGUACUCUCCCACUGACCCAGCGUUACUGCAUCUCUAGUUUUAGGUUGAGAAAGGAAGAAAACAACAUUGGCUGAGUCUAAUGCAUGGAUACUUUCCCACAGCUUAGCAGCGCUGGUCUGUUUUUACACCCUGGUCUAAAGGGAAACUUCUGAGGUACUUGUUUUUUUGAGUCCCUCAACAUCCAUCUGACCACAAGGUCAACAAAUCAGUCAUUAAUAUGAGUUUCAUUAAUAUUUUUAAUAGUUUAAAGUCUGUUUAAACAGCUUAUGUCCACAUAGUUGUAAACCUGUACGCUAAAUAUUCAAGACAGUUCGUCGAUGCACAGAAACAGUUUUUUGCACUUUCAAGGUUUUGAUGUGUUUUGAUAAUGAAGGGGAAAAAUAAAAGUUAGUCUCUAAGGAAUGCACUAAACGAUAUGAUUGAGGGACCGUCUGCUUACAAUUCCUGACCUUUAAUCUUCUCUGCUGACUGGUGUCUGUUGCAUUGCUUCUCGUUGUUACUCUGUAAAUGUACAGUAUGUGUUGAAACAGGAUAUCAGCAAGAGUGAAGUUAAUCAGACUACCUUAAAUCCAUUUUUUAACCACAGAAAUGGACUAAACCUCACAUUGGACCAACACAUUUUUUCUUUCUUAUAAAUUCUGUUUUAAGUUUCAUGUUCUUCAAAAACCUCUCUAUUCUUUUGUACCAAUAAAAAGAAACUACUUUGCACUUCAUUUCCUGAUAGUCUGUAAAUAUAUGACGUCUGAUUGCCUUGACUAUGUUCAAUCAAUCGUCUGCAUUAAAAGCAUUCAGACAAUA